AUGGGCAUUCGAUGUUGUAAGGAUGGCCACGUUUGUCAAAUCAUAAUAGAAGACGUUGAUGAAACCACACUAAUAAGAGAGAAAGAGAAAGAGAAGAAGAAGAAGAAACAGCCACAGCCUCCAGCUUCUCCCCCUCCACCAAAGCCCCAACCCCCAGUGAAAGCGCCACCCCCUGACAAGGAGCUGCAAGCAAUAAAGAUCCAGGCCUGGUGGCGGGGCACCCUGGUGCGCCGGACGCUGCUGCAUGCGGCGCUCAGAGCAUGUAUCAUUCAGUACUGGUGGAAACAAAAGCUGGCAGAGCUGCUGGAGAAGAAGCGGCGGGCUGUGCUGGAGUAUUAUGUUCAGCAAAAAUGGGCAGUGGUCAGGCUACAGUCCUGGGUCCGCAUGUGGCGCAUCCGCCUUCGUUACUGCCGCUUACUCCAUGCUGCCCGCAUCAUCCAGGUCUACUGGCGCUGGCAUAAUUGCCAUACCCGUGGCUUUUUCAGGGGUAGCUAUGAACUCACAGCAAGCCAGCUAGGACUUGAGCUUGAAAUAUUUCUGGGGUCACAGGUCUGUCGGAUUACAGACUGCAUCCCCUUCCCAAUAAAGAAUUGA